CCGUCACCAAUUUAAUCGACCUACGAACCACAAUAUAAACUUCCCAAUUUCACUGAAUAUAAUAUCACUGGGUCACACGUUGCAAGUCUUUCAAGCAAUGAAUCAGAACGUCAAGAUCCUGUUCGAGAAAGUCAACAACCACCAUGCCCACCUCACUCCACUAUCAUGCACUCGCGCGUCCCAUUCCACCCCCUCGACCCCCUCGUUACCCUCGUUACCCUCGCUACCCUCACGCUUCCUUCCCUCCCAAAAAAGAAAACAUCCAAAAUCCCAAACCUCAACGGGAACCUACAAAACGUCGUCCGAUCACGUGACACACAUCCAACUCCCUCCCCACUCACCACUCUGGUGAACCUAGCGCGCCAUCGACCAUCUCAACCCCCGUCUCAUAUAUCCUCCACCCUCUCCAUGUUCCCUCCCGCGAGCUUGCGAGCAAGCCCUCCCUCAAUCGAUCUCGAUCUCGAUCCCAAGUUCAGCCACGCUCGCUGGUGCUUUUCAAGCUGUGGCGCUGCGGCGGGGCUGGCUCCGCGCCAGGACACACUUUCGCUGCUUUUGCUCGACGUGGGGUGAGAUGGAUUGGAAGAGUCUGAGAUUGUGUGAUUUUGGUCUUGAAAUUAUAGCAGAUGAAGAGAGUGGUUGGGGGUGGUGGUGAGUGGUGGUGGAGGGGUAAUUGCACUUGCAAUUGGCGCUUCGAGUAAGCAGCUGGACGACAAAUUUCGUUUCGAUGAUAUUUGUUUAUUGUUGGGAUUUGGAAAUGAGCAAUUGAAAUUUGGAUUGGGAGGGGAGGGGGGAUGCUUGGGCUGAUGUAGACUGGAGGGAGAUUGGCGAGACGAUCUUGCGGGAGAUCGGCGUCGUCGGGGCGAUUGUGAUGAGCUUCGAGCUUUCCUAAAGUAGAAUUGACAGAACGUGGCAGAACGUGGCUAACAAGGGAUGGCAAGACGGUCGGUCGU